AUGCUUCAAAAUUCUAACGUACAACAAGAGCCUUUAACUCAAUACUCUGAAUCACCUAUCCACAAAGAACCUAAUUCGCCGAAGGAUAAAGUGCCUAAAUCCAAAGACUUAUCUUCGGAUAAUAUUUCACAAUCUAAUAAAAACAAAGUACAGAAGUUUAUGUCAGAAGUUUCUACAAACUCUAGUUCGCAGUUAUAA